UCUUGCCUCCCCUAGGGAAGCCAGCCAAGGACUCCCUACAGUCCAGCCCCCGGGGCAGCUAACUGCUGGCUGGCCCUGGGGGCUGAUGGGGGGAGCUGUUGCUUCCACAGUGGCAUUCUCUGCCUCCUCCCAGAACAGGCUCCAGGUUGGCUCUUGGAAGGUCUUGGCUAGAAAACUGCAUCGGCUGCCUCGCCUGCUCUGGACCUCCCAGAGAUGCUCAGCCAGCAUCUUCAAGGCCUCACAAUUGCAGGUGGAGCUAUGCCAGACCCAGCGGAGGAAGCCAGGCAGCGGGGAAUCCCUGAUCUUUGGGAAACAGUUCACAGACCACAUGUUGACUGUGGAGUGGAGUAGCGAGGAGGGCUGGGGUGCGCCCUGCAUCCGGCCCUUUGGGAGCCUCACGCUACACCCAGCCUGCUCAGCCCUUCACUACGGCAUCGAACUCUUUGAAGGCCUGAAGGCUUUCCGAGGAAAGGACCAGAGAGUGUGCCUCUUCCGCCCCUGGCUCAACAUGGACCGCAUGCUGCGCUCCACCUCACGGCUCUGCCUCCCGGCCUUUGACACACUGGAACUUUUGGAAUGUGUCCGCCGCCUAGUGGAGAUUGAUGAGCAGUGGGUGCCCAGCGGGAAGGAAAGGAAGGCUAGCCUCUACAUCCGGCCCACGUUCAUCGGCAAUGAGUCGAGUCUGGGCGUCCAGCCUUCCACGAAAGCCCUGCUGUACGUCAUCCUGAGUCCCGUGGGCGCUUAUUUCUCUGAGGAGUCCUUAACACCCGUCUCGCUGCUGGCCGACCCCCGCUUUGUCCGAGCCUGGAUCGGCGGGGUUGGUGACUGCAAGCUGGGAGGGAAUUACGGGCCAACGGUGUUCGUGCAGCAGGCCGCCAUCCGAGAGGGUUGUGAGCAAGUCUUGUGGCUUUACGGUCCAGAUCAGCUGCUCACUGAGAUAGGGACCAUGAACAUCUUCAUCUUCUGGACCCACAAAGAUGGCGUGCUCGAGCUAGUGACCCCCCCACUGGACGGAAUCAUUCUCCCAGGGGUGAUUCGGCGUAGCCUGUUGGACCUGGCCCGGACGUGGGGGGAGUUUCGAGUGUCUGAGCGCUCGGUGAGCAUGUCGGAGCUGCUGCUGGCCCUUCGCGAGAAGCGCGUGCGGGAGAUCUUUGGCUCAGGCACGGCGUGCCAGGUGUGCCCCGUGCAUCGCAUCCUAUACCAGGGUGAGCACCUCCACAUUCCCACCAUGGAGAACGGGCCUAACCUCACCCUAAGAUUCCAUAAGGCGUUGUGUGACAUCCAGUAUGGAGAUGGCAGUCACGAGUGGAUGUUCCCUGUGUGACUGGAGGCCAGAUCAGGUUCUACCUGCUGUCUGUACUGCCAUCCCCCCACCUCAACCAAAGAUUCCAAGUGCAAAAUAGCUCUCCAGCCAGGUGGUCUGGGAGGCCUGGGUCCCUGCAGCCCCCAAGCCAAGCUACACUCCCAAAGCCAUAUGGGCCAGGGUCCAGGCACCCGGCCCCAUUCCUCCAGCCCUCAGGGAGCCCCACACUCUGUUCCUCACCAGCUUCAGCGGACAGGGCCCGGAUGAUGUCAGAAGAGGACCCCUCCUCUGACCCUCCAGCCCCCUAAGCCUAUCUGAGGCUGCAGUUAAUUUUUUUUCCCAGCAUUUUCCAAAUAAAAAACCAAAGGAUAA